AUGAGAAACCGGGAGAGGAGGAUGAGAAACCGGGAGAGGAGGAUGAGUUGCCUCGAGAGGAGGAUGACUAGCCUAGAGAGAAGGGUGAGUAGCCUAGAUGGGACGGUGAGUUGCCUCGAGAGGAGAAUGAGUAGCCUAGAGAGAAGGGUGCGUAGCCUAGAUGGGACUGUAAGUAGCUUCGAGAGGUGCGUGAGUAGCCUAGAGAGAAGGAUGAGUAGCCUAGAUGGGACGGGGAGUAGCCUCGAGAGGGGCGUGAGUAGUCUAGAGAGAAGGAUGAGUAGCCUAGAUGGCACGGUGAGUAGCCUCGAGAGGGGCGUGAGUAUUCUAGAGAGAAGGGUGAGUAGUCUAGAUGGGACGGUGAUUAGCCUCGAGAGGGGCGUGAGUAGUCUAGAGAGAAGGAUGAGUAGCCUAGAUGGGACGGUGAGUAGCCUCGAGAGGAGAAUGAGUAGCCUAGAUGGGACGGUGAGUUGCCUUGAGAGGAUGAUGACUAGCCUAGCGAGAAGGGUGAGUAGCCUAGAUGGGACUGUGAGUAGCUUCGAGAGGUGCGUGAGUAGCCUAGAGAGAAGGAUGAGUAGCCUAGAUGGGACGGUGAAGCCUCGAGAGGGUCGUGAGUAUUCUAGAGAGAAGGGUGAGUAG